AGCUCAUUUCUCAUCAACAAAACUCCUUAAUCAUUAUCAUAUAUCUGCUUAAUUUAUAGCUAGCUAGAAAACUAUAGUGAAAAAUGGCACAAUAUGGAGGUGAGCAAUACAUGAAGCAAGAGGGCCAACACAAGACUAGUACUACUGAUCAUGAGUAUGGUCAUCAGAACCAACUUCACUCCAACACUGCUGCUGCUGGUCAUCAUGAAAUGGGAACCAACAUCCACUCAACAACCGCAGCCGCCCAUGGCGGCAUCGGAAAUACUACUGGAACCACCAUGGGGACUACUGGUCAUGGUUACGAAGAAGGGAAGCAGCACGGUGGCAUCCUACACCGAACUGGGAGUGGCAGUUCCAGCUCUUCAGAGGAUGAUGGAGAGGGAGGAAGGAGGAAGAAGAAAGGUGUGAUGCAAAAGAUCAAGGAGAAGCUACCCGGCGGUGAUCAUGGCGCUGUCGAUGAUCAGUGCAAGACCAAUCCAGCCACUGCCACCACCAUAGGCGGCGGCACUGGUGUAGGACAUGGAUACGAGGGAGAGGAAGCAGGACAUGAGAAGAAGGGAUUGAUGGAUAAGAUCAAGGACAAGUUGCCAGGGGGUAACAAGUAAUCAAUAACUUGCAUGUGUUUUUGGAUUGAAAAUGUAUACAUGCAUAUACACAUUAUGCAUAUAUAAACGUGGCAUGGCAUCAUAUAUGUAUGUAAUUAUAUAUAUAUAUAUAUAUAUAUACAUGAUGAUAUGAUGCCACUAUAAAAUAAUAAUCUUCUUUGCGGUGUGUCGCAAUCGAAGUUUGUUUUUCGUUUUGUAUGUAUUUGCCUAUCGGACGUGGUUUGUGUUAUAUAUAUGUGAUGGUGUGCAGUUAAUUUUAUCUAUUUUAA